UCAUUCGCGCUCAAGGCGUUGACUGUAGCGACGCAUUACGCGUUUUUUGGCGGCUCUUGCCUUGUCUAUGGGAGUGUUUCUUCGUAUUGAAUUUGUGAGAAAAUAUUUUAUGUCCAGUGAUUUAUGAAAUAUUAACACAAUUUUCGCAUGACAGUGAAUAAAGUACCUAUUUGAAAUGGCGUUGGAGGGUGUGAAAAGUGAAAAAAGUGAGGAAAACAACGGCAAUGUGCCAGACGGCAAGGCAAACGGAAUCGACAACAAAUGUAAACAGAUAGACCCAAACACAGCGUUCCUGCGUGCGGCGCGCGCCGGACAAUUGGACACAGUUGUCGACUUACUAGACUCCAGCGCAGUGAAAGACAUCAACACAUGUAACUCGAAUGGUCUGAAUGCGUUGCAUCUAGCUGCUAAAGAUGGUCACAUUUCUGUAGUCGAAGAGCUGAUCAAGCGCGGUGCUAUCGUCGACGCCGCUACAAAAAAAGGAAACACAGCUUUGCACAUAGCAUGUCUCGCGGGGCAGGAGUCAGUAGCGCGGGCGCUGCUCGCAGCGGGCGCGAAGGCGGACGCACAGUCCGCGGCCGGAUUCACGCCACUGUACAUGGCGGCACAGGAGAACCACGCCGGCUGCGUCAAGAUGCUGCUGGCGGCCGGUGCCAGCCAAACAUUGGCUACAGAGGAUGGCUUCACACCUCUAGCAGUAGCAAUGCAGCAAGGCCACGACCGGGUGGUAGCUGAGUUGCUGGAGUCAGACACAAGAGGCAAGGUCCGGUUGCCGGCGCUACAUAUAGCAGCUAAAAAGAACGACGUCAAAGCAGCUACGUUAUUGUUAGAGAACGAACACAACCCAGACGCUUGCUCGAAAUCUGGUUUCACUCCUCUUCACAUCGCCGCGCACUACGGCAACGUCGGCGUGGCGAAGGCGUUGCUGGUAGCGGGCGCUGACUCGGGCCGCGCCGCCAAACACAACAUCACGCCCCUUCACGUAGCCAGCAAGUGGGGACAGCUCGCCAUGGUCGACCUGCUCGUUGAAAAUGGUGCUAAUAUAGCGGCAGUGACUCGCGAUGGCUUGACACCGCUACACUGCGCCGCCCGUUCCGGACAUAGCAACGUCGUGUCGCGGCUAUUGCAACAUGGCGCACCCAUUACAAGCAAAACAAAGAACGGACUCACCCCUCUCCACAUGUCCGUGCAAGGCGAACACGUGGAGACGGCGAAGGUUCUACUAUCAGAGGGCGCACCGAUCGAUGACGUCACAGUCGACUACCUAACAGCGUUACAUGUCGCGGCUCACUGUGGGCACGUGAAGGUAGCAAAGUUAUUGCUGGAUAGAAAUGCGGACGCGAACGCUCGCGCGCUCAAUGGCUUCACACCGCUACACAUCGCCUGCAAAAAGAACAGACUCAAAGUUGUCGAGUUGCUGCUCAAAUAUGGAGCUAGCAAGUCAGCGACGACGGAGUCCGGGCUGACGCCGCUGCACGUGGCGUCGUUCAUGGGCUGCAUGAACAUCGCGCUGGUGGUGCUGGGCGCGGGCGCGGAGGCGGACGCGGCCACGGCCCGCGGCGAGACGCCGCUGCACCUCGCCGCGCGCGCGCACCAGACCGACCUCGUGCGGGUGCUGCUGCGGAAUGGCGCCAAGGUGGAAGCGCGAGCUCGCGAGGAACAGACUCCUCUACAUGUGGCGGCGCGGCUCGGGCACGCCGACAUCGCGGCGCUGCUGUUGCAGCACGGCGCUGACGUCGCCGCCGCCACCAAGGACCACUACACUCCCCUACACAUCGCUGCCAAGGAAGGCAAAGAAGAAGUCGCAUCUAUUCUUCUUGACCACAACGCACCGAUCGAAGCGGAAACUCGUAAAGGUUUCACUCCACUACACUUGGCCGCUAAAUAUGGCGAUAUCGGAGUAGCUCGCUUACUUCUCGCGCGAGGUGCUCAGCCAGACGCGCCAGGGAAAAGUCACAUCACACCAUUGCACAUGGCUACCUAUUACGGCCACCCGGAUAUAGCUUUACUGUUGCUCGAUAAAGGUGCUUCUCCACAUUCUCUCGCGAAAAAUGGACAUUCCGCACUUCACAUCGCCUGUCGACACAACCAUCCUGACAUUGCCUUCGCUUUGCUCGAACAUGAUGCGGACCCAAGCGUCAAGUCGAAGGCUGGUUUCACACCGUUGCACAUGGCAGCUCAGGAAGGCCACGAGGACUGCGUUGAGAUGCUUAUAGAAAGAGGCGCUGACGUCAACGUACCUGCUAAUAACGGCUACACGCCGCUGCACGCCGCCGCGCACCACAGACACCUGGCCGCCACGCACGCGCUGCUGGACGCGCGGGCCGACGUCGCCGCCAGGGCCGCACACGGGUACGUCACACGUCCGCUGUCCGCUGUCCACGUCCCGCGCACUGCUGCCACCCGCGACGGCUACACGCCGCUGCAUGCCGCCGCGCACCACGGACACCUGGCCGCCGCGCGCGCGCUGCUGGACGCGCGGGCCGACGUCGCCGCCAGGGCCGCGCACGGUUUCACACCUCUGCACCAAGCAGCUCAGCAAGGUCACACACUGAUUAUUCAGCUACUCCUGAAAAACAACGCAGACCCUAAUGCAUUGUCUGCUAAUGGGCAGACUGCGUGCGCUAUCGCUGACCGGCUCGGUUACAUCAGCGCCGUGGAGGCGCUGCGGCCUGUCACCGAGAACACACUGAGUCAAGCUGUGGGAGAUACUGGUGGCUUGGAGGGCAAAUACAGAGUCGCCGCUCCUGAGCUCAUGCAGGAUACCUUCAUGAGCGACUCUGAAGACGAAGGAGGCGAAGUAGAGUGUCCAAUUCAGCAGCAACAACAGUACCGCUACAUGAACAGCGAGGCAGGCACGCUGCACCGGGCGAGGCCGCUCGAGGACAGCGUCACCGACGGACACCUGUGGCCCAGCAACAAUGAUAAGAAAGUGGCCACCAUCGACCGUCAGCCGCUAGACAUCGGGUUCCUGGUGUCGUUCGUGGUGGAUGCUCGCGGUGGCGCCAUGAAGGCAAAGCGCCGCGGCGGUGUCCGGAUCAUCGUACCACCAGCCGCCUGCGCGGCGCCCACUCGCGUCACAUGCCGUGCGGCGACUCGCAGAGCGCCUGCAGCGGCGCCCCCACCACUCAUGGAGGGCGAGGCGUUGGCUUCACGACUAUUAGAGCUACAGCCGCAAGGAGCUAAAUUCUUGGCCCCUGUAAUAAUCGAAGUGCCAAUCUUCACGUCGUCGUGCCCUGAACGCGAGAUCGUUAUACUACGCUCCGACACAGGCGAGACCUGGCAAGACCACUACCUGCACAGCAACGACAACCCUAUGAUACAGGAGGCACUACAAAAAGAACGUCAAGAACACGGCAACAGCGGCGAGACGCUGGGCGAGAACGGCGAACGCGUAACACGCAUUAUCACUUGUGACUUCCCGCAUUACUUGGCAGUCGUAUCGCGCAUACGGCAGGAGGUGCACAUCAUAGGACCCGAGGGAGGUACCGUCUCCAGCGCUCAUAUACCGCAGGUGCAGGCGCAGUUCCCGGCGGCGGCGCUGACGAAGCGCAUCCGCGUGGGGCUGCAGGCGCACGGCGCGCCGGCCGCGCUGCAGCGGCGCGCGCUGGGCCGGCGCGGCGCCGCCUCGCCCGUCGUCACCGUCGAGCCGCGCCGCCGCAAGUUCCACCGCACCAUCACGCUCACCGUGCCGCUGCCCCACCACACGGGCGGCGCUGCAGAGAAGCCUCCAACGUCAAGCUUACGGUUGCUCUGUUCCAUUAUGGGAGGACAAGCGCGUGCCGUCUGGGAAGAUGUCACCGGAUCCACGCCCCUCACGCUUACCGAGGACUGCGCUUCUUUCACCACCACCGUAUCUGCUAGGUUUUGGCUGAUGAACUGUCAAAACGUCAGUGAUGCAACAAAACUCGCCACCGAAUUGUACAGAGAAAUGUUGGUGGUACCGUUCGAGGCACGCGUGGUGGUGCUUGGCAAGCGGCUGGACGCGCUCGAGGGUCGGCUGUUAGUGCUCUACAUCACAGACCGGUACGCGUACGACACGCUGCUGCACCAGGAACACUACACAGAAGUGGCUCACUCGACGUCCGUCCGUUUUCUGGACGGCAAAGAAGUAUACCUGGAAUUCUCAGGAAACCUCGUGCCAGUCACCAAGUCUGGCAGCCAGCCGAUGUUGACUUUCGAGGCAUUCAAAGAUAACCGCGUCGAGUUCACGGUGCGUGUUAAACACCACGAGGAAAGCCCCACGGGAAGAAUUUACUUCAUGAACGAACCCAAGGUACCCAAGGGCGAGCAGUCGCAGACACCGGCGUGUGUGCUGGACGUACAACUGCCAGACAGUAUCGUGCCACGCGCCGGCAAGAGUCAGCUCGAUUACCUCAACCUAGACCAGUCUGGCUUUGAUGCAUUAAAAGACGAACUGAGCUUCCACUGGGGAGGCGAUCACAAUAACAGCCUGGGUCCAGGCUCGUUACCUUACCAAAACGACAAACAGAUCAACGGGCACGACAAGAUAAUAACUAAUGGUGACGUGAAAUAUCCAACUAAAGAUACAGAUGACUCGGUCACCAAACCCCAAGUUAAUGGUGACACAGUACACGUAGAUACAAACAAGACCAAAGCAACGUUUGAUUCCGAUGAGGAUAAAACGCCAUUGAGUACCCUAGAAAAAGGUAAAAAGAAAACCGAAGGAGGGUCCUUCUUCGGAGGCCUCGCAGAUAAAGUGAAAAAUGUGUUCAGUCACAGCGAAGACAAAGACGAGGAAACCCAGAAAGACAAAGAAUCAUCUCCUAAACCUCAGCCGAAACCCAGAGAGUCCAAAGAAAAGAGUCCACCGAAACCUGCUCCCAGAAUCAUAAACGAAGAUUUGUUAGAUAAAGUCGAAGAUAUGUUCAAGGAUCUUAAGCAGAAACCAAGGCAGAAAGACGAUGAAGAUUUACAGAGUACCGUAUACACAACGAAAUUAGUAGUCGAUGAGGAUGAUCGCCCGUUACAAGAAGUACAGGAAGAAGUUUAUAAUCAAUAUGCAAAUAUGCAACCAGUUGAUACACCACAAUAUAAUAAAAUUUCAGACCCAUUCCAACAUCCGAGAUGUUGUGAUAAUAGGUAUAAACACAGCCAUGAAGAAACAUCCAAUUUGGAAGAUAUUAUAGAGCAUACAAACUUUGCUGCUCAUGAAAAGCUUCAAGAAGUGAGCGAUAAUACAAAAAGUAAUUUAAAUGAUGGUUUGGCUAAAUUGGAGAAAGAAAAAGAAAAUGUCAAACAGAAAGUGGAUGAAAUUAAGGACGAUAUUGCUGGAAAAUGCGAGAAAGUAAAGGAUGAUAUAAAAAAUAAGGAACAGCAGUUAGAAAAAAGUGUUCAAGAUAUAAUACAAGGCGCACAUGGUAAAUUUACUGACUUAAAAGAAUCAGCGCAACAGUUGCAUGAUGAUGUCAAUGUUAAAGCGUCUGAUAUAUCAUCGAAGGUUGCUACCGAUAUUAAUAACAUAAAGUCUUCCACAAAGGGUGGCGUUGAUCAUCUUAUACAUACCGCAAGCGGGGUUACAGUAGAUUUAAAAGACAAAGCUAAUGAAAUAAAUUUCGCAGCUUUAGAAAGAGCAGAACAACUGAGACUUAAAGGGCACGAUAAAUUAACCGAAGUUGGAGAAACUAUUGAAAAUAAAACAGAUGAUCUCAAAAAUAAAGCAAAAGAGUUUGCAAGUGAUGUCAAGGCAAAGACUCAUUAUGGAAUUGAUUCUGUAGUCGAUUCCGUUCAUAAUGUACAAGAUAAUUUAAGUCAAAAAGCACACGAAACAAAGACUGGAAUUAAAGAAGUGACUGAUAAUAUCAAAGAAGCUACAAAUGAAAAAAUUAAAGAAUUGAAUCAAUCAGUAGAUGGCGCAAAAGAAAAAGCUUCAGAUCUUAAAACUAAAGCAAAUAAAGCGAAAGAUGACGUUAAAUCUGAAGCCAAAAAGAAGUCGAAAGAAGGAAAAAACUUUUUCACUGGACUUGUGCAUAACAUAUUUGGCGAAAAAGAAAAACUGGAAGAUGAAAUUAAAGGAAAAGAGUCGGCUGAAGAUAUAGUACAGGAAGCUUCCAAUAAGAAGGAUAAAAUCGAAAAAGAUAUUAAGAAAAAUAAAGAUGAAAUCAAAGAAAGUGCUGAACAGUUAACCCAAAAUAUUCAAGACAAAAAAGGGGAACUAUCUAAAGUUAUUGAUGAUAAAAAAAGUGAAACAGAAAAAGCCAUUCAUGAUAAAACGGAGGAUCUAAAGAAAACUGUACAAGAUAAAACAGAAGAAAUUAAAGUAGCUACUCAAAAUAAAGUAGAUGAAGUCACAAAAGAGAUCCAAAAUAAAAAGAAAGAAGUAAACAGUGCCAUUCAAAGUAAAAAAUAUGACGUAGAAAAAGCCAUCCAUGAUAAAACAAAUGAUGCAUUAACAUCACUUCAAGAAACUAGUAAUACAUUCCACAGCGAAAAAGAUAAAUUAGAAAAAGUCGCCCGUGACAAAGUAGACGAAGCACAACAGAAACUUCAAAAUAAGAAGGAUGAAGUUGUAAGUGUAGUGCAAAGUAAAACUGAAGAAAUAGGUCAAGCUAUUAACGACAAAAAAGAUGAAAUAGGGAAAACUUUGAACGACAAGAGAGAAGAAUGGGAAACUGCUAUUCAUCAUGAUGCUAAUAAUGCGCUGAAUACUGUUCAAAAUACAAAAGAUAAUAUAAAUUCAGCUGUCCAAAACAAGAAGGAUGAAAUAAGCGAAGUGCUUGCUAAUAAGAAGAAUGAAAUAAGCGAAGUGCUCACUAAUAAAAAGGAUGAAGCACAAACAGAAUUAGAUAGAAUAAGACAAGAAGCGGAACUAACGACUGAAGAAAUAAAAAAAUCUGCUGAAGAUGCUUUGAACGCUGCAGUUGAAAAAGGCAGAGAUGAAUUUAACAGCAUCCAGAAAGCGGCAAGUGACAAAGUAAGCGAUGUGCAGCAGUCAACUAAACAAGCGUUUGAUCACGUUCAAGAUUCAGCCUUGAGUACUUUCGAUAAAGUCGAAAGUUCAGCUAAGGAUAAAGUGAAAGACGCCAAAGACAAGUGGGAGGAUCUGCAAAGUUCUACACGCGACACUUACGCGGACUUCAAGGAUGAUGUUCACAGUCUGGGUAGCUCCGCGCAAGAUACUCUACAUAGUUUCCAAAGUUCCGCUGGCGACACCUUCGAUAGUUUGGACGAUUCUGCGCGAGAGAUCUUCGGUGGAGUUCAGACUACGACGCAAAACGCUGAGACACGCUCUAAAGAGUUAUUUGGAGAUUUAAAGAAUUCUUUCGAGGGUUUCCAAGUGUCUGCUGAUAAUAAGUUAGAGGACGUUAAAGGCGCGGCUAAAGACAAGUUGGAGGAGACUGAACAAAGGGUAGGCGAAAGCAUACGGAAUACAGAACAGGCGGUCGCGGAUGCGGUCGCCACCGAAGCGGAUAAUUUCACCAGUAGUCUAAACGACUUGGGCAACUCUGUGUUUGGAUCUUCAGGCAAAGGAUUUAUGAAAGAUUCGAGUACCAAAUUAUUGGAGUCCGAGAAAGCACAGUCUUCGCCACACAAAAAGGGUUCAGGUUUUUUCUCCAAAUUACGGCGAAAGUAAUGGCAGGUCGAAAACAUACGUCGCUUCAAGAGAAAGCUUCAACUAACAUAGAUGUAAGGUAAUAUACGUGUCGAGUAUAAAUAUGAUUGUUUGGUAGACAUGAAUAAGGUUAUACGAAGUAGUAUGAACAUCAUUGACCCACUAUCAUAAUCCCGGAGCUCUGAAAUACAUAAUGUUUGUAACUUUAAUCGUACAAUGACCUCGGUGGUGCAGCAGUUUAACACGCUGCCCCACCUUCCGAUGGUUGCUGGUUCGCACCCCGCAAAAUAAACAUUUGAAUUAAUAAGUGUUCGUUGUAUUGGUCUGAAUGUUUCUUUGUGUGUAUAUUAUUAUACAAAAAAAAAUGUAUCUCAGUACGUCGAUCAGUUGUUUAGUAUUCAUAACAUAAGCUGUGAUUAGUUUCGUACGAGAUCACACUAUAAUGUGUCCAGUGGUAUUUAUUAUUACUUAUUGAUAAGUAUUUCUAAACAUUAUUAAGACCAUUGACUAUUAACAUGUCAAAGAAAAUAAUAUAAUUGUUAUUAAUAAUAUAAAGCUUACGCCUAUUCCAUUCGGGCUAGGCAGAGGCUAUAAAUUAUAAAAUUAUAAAUACGAGUUCAAUUUAUAAUAUUUAUUAAAAAUUUAAGUGAGCUCCGAGUAUAAAAAAGGCAUAUAAUUAACGCCAUAAACCUUCCAUGCUGCUUAAAUGGUGCAACAGCUUCAUGGUUCGCCUAAUAGGGUCAUCUAUGAUAAUGCGAAUGUUGAAAAUUUAAAAUAAUGCUUUUUCAGAUUGUACCUUCAUUAAAUGUAACUGUUACCAUAGGUGACUUGUGUGUAAGUUUUAAAAACUUCACUCCGAUAUUUUAAUAGAUUCGAUUAAUAGUUAGCUAGCAAACUAUAACUGUCUGUAAUGUUCUCUUUCGAACUUCAGUUCAAUGACUAUUUUUUUUUUUUAUAUUUUGCAAUUAUUAUGAGAUUACCUUAAUAAUACUUAUUUGAAUAUAUAAUUAUAUAUAUAUACAACAAUUAUUAAUUAUUAAAUUUUUGGACAAUUAAAAAUUAUGUUCCGCCUAGAAUGACAAUGUACCUACAAAACGGGUCACAUAACGUCAUAGUCGUAGAAUACUGACGGAUCUGACGAAUAUUACAUAUAAAGACCCGUCAGUAUUCUACGGCUAUGAUGAUAUAGUAAAUAGAGGUGCUCAUCCAUGAAUUUGACAUCAAUAUAAAUAUUGAAAAAUACAUUCCCUCCUAAAGUCUCUCUCAAUAUUAGAUAGCAGUAACAAAACCUGGAUAAUUAGUAUCAAUAAUACCAAACUGAUAUUGUAUAAGUUGCAGCAAAUGAGUCACUGUGGUGACAAUUUGUAAGAAAACAAUAUGAAUUCCAGUUAUGUGCAGAGCCCGAUCUAGGUAAAGGGCAAGCCGGGCAAUUGCCCUCACUUCUGCCGUUGUGGAAAGAAAUGGGACAGCAAAAUUGAGAUCGAGACGGCUGACCGUAGAAAAGUGUGAGCACUCCAUCUAUCACAUGCGUACUCACGUCUUUGUAUGAAGUUUUCCUUAGUCCUCAGGCAUGGCAACGCAUGGGGGGUGUCAUGGGCGAAACAGUAUACGCUGUUAUGUCCAUGGUACUGCUUAUGUCUAUAGGCGACGGUUACCACUUUCCAUUAGGUGGGCCAUCAGCUUGUUUGCUAUUCUAAAUAGUAUAAAAAAAAGUUAUUCGUCGUCAUUGUGGUUACAUUUACAAGGCGUUAAAGACAGUACUAUAUAUGCUCGGAGCGGCAAAAUAACUAGAUCGGGCCCUGCUUAUAUGAAAAAUCGAUAAAAUAGGAACUAAUCAAACAAUAGUAGGUAAUAAAGCUUCAUAUAAUUACAUUUUUAUAGCCAAUUGAGAAAAAGUGUAAUUUGCAGGAAUUUGUUCAUAAUGAUACGAUUUUCAGGUAUCCCCUGUUCUAAUAUUCACUACACAUAUAAAUAUUCUAUUUGCACCAAACAUAGGUACAUAAGAUUACCUUUUAUAUUAAAAAUUACUAUGGUAAUAUUAUAUAUUGUUUUAAAUGUUAUGCCACGUCAGUGUUUUAAUAAUUGGAUCGACAUUAUCAAAAUUGCAUUUUAUAUUAAUAAAUUUCUGUAAGUAUAAUACUUAUGUUUUUUUUCUAACAAAAUUUUGUGUAUUUGUCUAUGGUCAUGUUUAAAAUUAAACAAUGAUAAUUCAUCGAUGUAGGUAUGUAUUUUUAUUUAGAACUAACAUUCAAAAUUGUUUUUUUAUUACGUGUAGGCCUAUUAGAAUCACAUCAAAUUAUUGUACAAUAAUAUGUAGGUAAAAAUAUAAAUCUGUAACGCUCAGCCGUAGUGAUCUAGUAUAAACCAUACCUACAGUCUACAAGUGGGGAUCCGUUCACGAGUAUGACGUUUGUAUCGGAAAAACUGUUAAUUCAAUUUUGUUUUCACUUAAUCAACAGUCAUGAAAAUUAACAAGCUCCUGCAUGAAUAUAAUAAAUAAAAUUAUUGGUAUCUACAUAUAACUAUUAAAUAAAAACUUGCCUCUUAGAUUAAUUUUUAAUGAUCAUUAAAAAUUUUGCAAUUUGACAACAAUGUACCUACCUAUAUUUUUUACUAAAUUAGAAAUGAUUUUAAUUAAUUUAAUUAUAAAAUCCAUACUGGCUUUAGUUUUGUGUAUUAAAAAUUAUGACAUACCUACUAUAAAAUCUGAAAGAACUGUGAUGCCAAAAUAUAAAGAAGUUUAUGUGUAAAGUUAAAACUUUUGUUAAUUUAUUGAUAGAGUCUAUGUUUGCUCUAUUUAUUGCUUUUAGUGAGUAAUAAAUAAAUUAUUAAAAUGCA